UCAGGCUCCGGUGUGCAGCGCCAUCUUCCCAAAGUCUGGAAGCCACAGAUCCGGAGCUCGCGUCGGCAUUCGCGACACUUCCCGUUACAUCAGUUCUUCAGCCUGUGGCCAUGUGUAUUCCUGUUGCAGUGUGUAUUGAUUUGGGGGCAGUUGCAGGGAAUUUAAUACAAGUUCCCUGCGUUCAGGUUUCUUCUUUUUUAGGUCCAUAACCAUUUUAGUUUUUAUUUCCUUUUUAGUUUCUUGUUCCGUGACCGUGAUUUUUCACAGGUGGUGUGCUGUCAAGAAGAUUGACCCCUCCUCUCCUUCUGUUCCAUCAAUUCUGGAAUUCUAAGAAGACAGAUUUGACUAAGGCCUUUCUCCCAACUCUAUCAAGUUUUCUCGUGAGUCUGAAUCUUCUCAGAAGGACUUUGCUACCCUAGACCAGAAUGUAUUUACCUCUAGCCACAAGGAAGACAUAGUGCAUCAACACCUCUCUAUCACUUAGGCUUUUACUCUCCUGAAGGGCUCAUACUGCAAAUCGAAAGAGCUCCGCGUUGAAGCACUAAGAACUCUCACCAGUGCUGUCUCAGUGUGGAUAGAAGAGAACAGACACCCAUAAGGAAAAGGUGAAUUGGAUGACGGACCAUGGCAUCGGUGGGGCUACAAGUCACUGCAUUUAUUAUAGCUUUGAUGGCACUGUGUGGGUCUAUUGCUGCAACUUUACUACCAAACUGGAAGGUCAAUGCAGACACUGGGGCGAACAUUGUUACCUCUGUCAUUCAAAUGCAAGGUCUGUGGAUGGACUGCACAUGGUACAGCACUGGUAUGUUUAGCUGCACCUUAAAAUAUUCCAUUCUCUCACUCCCUGUAUAUAUUCAGACAGCACGAGCCACAAUGGUACUGUCCUGUAUACUGUCAUGUUUGGGGAUAUUUGUCUCUGUAGCAGGAAUGAAAUGUACAAAGCUAGGAGGUGAUCGGCAAACUAAAAGCAAUACAGCUUUUGCUGGAGGAACAUGCUUUUUGCUUGCUGGUAUUUUCUCCAUGAUUUCGGUGAGCUGGUACAUGAAAGAGAUUAUUUCCAGUUUCUUGGAUCCCUUCAUCCCAGAGAAUAGCAAACAUGAGCCAGGAGGAGCAGUGUAUGUCGGCUUUAUCUCUGCUGGGAUGCAAUUCUUAGCAGGUGCAGUCUUCUGUUCAACCUGUAGUAAGAAGCAGCAGGAAGAACGGGACUCUCCUCCGACAAAAACACCAGAGCCAGCAGCUCAGCAAUUGGAAAACAGCAAUGCAGGUUAUAACCUGCAAGACUAUGUGUAGAUGGUAACGCUAUUGUUCAAUCUGAUUAUUCUAAUAAGAUAUUUUACUGAAUCAUGCUUUUCUAAAAAGAAAAUAGUUUUGCAAUUAAUAGAAUGGUGCUAAUAUUUUACAGACAACUGUAAAUCCCCAACAAUAAAAUGUUGUAGAUGAA